CCAAUAUAACAGUCAACUCGUGGCUCUCUUCCUUCCACGACUGCAAUUCCGAAUGCAGAGUAUGCGGACGAGCCAUGGACGCAGGGACCCGUAGUCAUGGAAAAUCCUACAAUCAAGCCUCCCAAAACGAGUCCAACCUGGACGAAAAAUAUCCCAACCGCCCUCAUAACCAUUCCAAAACCUUACCCUUCCACGUGCUCUUCGAGACCCUGUUCAACCCAUUGAGCGAUGCAAAAACCAAGCCGACGGUAUCCGCCGCCUCGCGGCGAAAAGUCGGACCUCAGGGCCAAUCCAACGCGAACCUCAGCUCAUUUGAACGACGACGCGUCGUGAUUGAGCAGUUUAUCGCACGAUGGAGGAAAGAAGUGGGGGACGAUAUUUAUCCUGCCUUUCGGUUGAUUCUUCCGGACAAAGAUCGUGAUCGGGCAAUGUAUGGCAUUAAAGAGAAGACCAUUGGGAAGAUGCUUGUGAAGGUGAUGAAGAUUGAUAAGAACUCGGAAGACGGGUUUAAUCUUUUGAAUUGGAAGCUUCCGGGACAGACGGAUUCGUCCCGAUUUAGCGGGGGGGACUUUGCGAGACGGUGCUACGAUAUCCUCUCCAAACGGCCUAUGAGGACAGAGGUGGGGGGUAUGUUGAUUGAGGAUGUGAAUGAGAAACUGGAUCAGCUUUCGAAUGCAUCCAAGGAGGAGCAGCAGCUGUCGAUCCUGACGGAGUUUUAUCGGAAGAUGAAUCCCGAGGAGUUGUUGUGGCUCAUCCGGAUUAUUCUGCGGCAGAUGAAAGUCGGUGCUACGGAGCGGACGCUCUUUGAUGUGUGGCAUCCGGAUGCGGAAACUCUCUACAGCAUAUCGAGUAGUCUGAGGCGGGUUUGCUGGGAGCUGCAUGAUCCGAAUAUUCGACUGGAGGCUGAGAACAAGGGGAUCUCGUUGAUGCAGUGCUUCCAGCCGCAGCUAGCUCAGUUUCAGAGGGACUCCAUGGAUCGGAUGAUUUCCCGAAUGGGGGUGACGGAGCAAGACCCUGUGUUUUGGAUUGAGGAAAAGCUCGAUGGCGAGCGUAUGCAACUUCACAUGGAGUCCGAUGACUCGGUUCCGGGAGGAAAAAAGUUUUGCUUCUGGUCGAGGAAGGCAAAGGAUUACACUUAUCUCUAUGGAAAUGGGUUAGAGGACCCGAAUGGUGCCUUGACUAGGCACCUCAAAGAUGCCUUUGCGGAUGGGGUCAAGAGCUUGAUCCUGGACGGUGAAAUGAUCGUCUGGAAUUCGGAGCAGGAAGCGUUUGAACCAUUUGGUACGUUGAAGGGGGCUGCGAUUGAGGCACAGAGCAACUAUUUUGUGAGCAAACGCCAGCCGUUGUUUCGGAUUUUUGAUAUACUAUACCUGAAUGGGCAUGACUUGACGAGAUACACGCUUCGGGAUCGUCGAAAUGCCCUGCAGAAGAGUAUACACCCAGUAUACCGUUGGUUCGAGAUCCAUCCUUACGAGGAAGCAACGGACAAGGAACAAGUAGAAGCAUCGCUUCGAAAAGUCGUUGAAGAGGCCUCGGAGGGAUUAGUGCUCAAGAACCCCAGAUCCCCCUAUCGCCUGAAUGAACGACACGACGACUGGAUGAAGGUGAAACCUGAGUAUAUGACUGAGUUUGGGGAGUCCUUGGACGUGAUCGUAAUUGGGGGCUACUAUGGCAGUGGCCAUCGUGGAGGUGCCCUUGCCAGCUUCCUAUGUGGCCUAAGGGUCGACGAUGCCGCCUCUUCACCAGAGGCAAAGGCUUCCAAAUGCUACUCUUUCUGUAAGGUCGGAGGUGGCUUUACAGCGGCUGACUAUGCGAACAUUCGCCAUCACACCGAUGGCAAAUGGAUGGACUGGAACCCGAAGAAACCGCCAACGGCUUACAUCGAGCUGGCAGGCGGAGAUGCCCAACACGAGCGUCCCGAUCAAUGGAUCAAGCCGGAGGAUUCGGUAGUACUCUGCGUCAAGGCCUCUUCCAUCUCUCCCAGUGACCAGUUUAGAGUCCCGCUGACAUUGCGCUUUCCCCGGUUCCGGAGGCUACGCAUGGAUAAGGACUGGAAGAGUGCGCUCUCCGUACAGGAGUUUGUGGAUAUGCAGAAGAACGUGGAGCAGGAAAAGAAGCAGAAGGAGUUCAAUGUCGAGAAUUUCCGGAAGAAACGGGUGAAGAGAGCAACCAAGAAGCCAUUGACGAUUGCAGGGUACAGUGCUGAUGCGGAAGUCAAGUAUGACGGACCGUCUGGACAUGUUUUCGACGGCCUCAACUUCUUUAUAAUGACCGACUCUGGCGCCCCGUUCAAAAAGUCAAAGGCGGAAUUGGAGCAGCUGGUGAAAUCCAAUGGGGGCAAGUUAUACCAGACCAACAAUGCAGCUCCCAACACAAUCUGCAUUGCGGACAGAAGGACUGUGAAAGCAGCCUCGCUGCAAAAGAAGGGCGACAUGAGCAUCGUCCGACCAAUUUGGAUUCUCGACUGUGUGCGGCAGAAUGAGAUCGACGCGGGUCUUCCAGACAUGCUUCUACCUCUAGAGCCUAGGCAUAUGUUUUUCACCACACCUGAGAAGGAAGCGGAGGUAGCGACCAGCAUUGAUCAGUUCGAUGACAGCUAUGCCCGCGAUGUCACCAAGGAGGAGCUGAGUGCUUUACUGGAGAAGAUGUGCAAAGACAACAAGGUCGAUUCGUCCCGGGCCCCCGAAGCCAGACUUAGGGACGUUGUCCAAGAGAAAGUGGAUGCGGGAUGGGAGCUUCCAUGCGGGUGGCUGUUCCAAAACCUAACGCUCUUCUUUCCCACGCGGACUGAGCAAGGCGUGGAUUCCGAGGAGCCCGAGCCCGCUGGCCAAGGCUAUCGGCUUCCUUUGGCCCGCAACAAGGCCCGAUUCGCAGGCGCUAGCGUUGUCGAUACCGCGACGGACUCGUCCAUCACCCAUGUGGUGGUGGAUUCGGACCCCCCAUCUUCAGCAAUCCGCUCAUUACGGAAAACCUGGUCUGCCCAGGCGAGCCAGAAGAUCCCUCAUAUCGUCACGGUUGAGUGGAUCGAGGAGAGCUGGAAGCAACGGACGCUCCUGGACGAAGAGAGGUUUCAUCCUGCUUGACGGGGCAUCGGGUAUACACGCAUCGACGGUGCAACCUUGAGUGAUUAGCAUGGCGGACAUUUCUUCUCCGUCCGUUGUGAUACCCUGAUGCUGGCGCACAUGCUCUGAUCAUUCGUCCUGAUGUGUCUCCUGUUUAUACUCGUAUACCCCACACAUCAGACGAUCAACGAAGUUGACCCUUUGAAUUCUGAAAGAGGAUAUCUGCAGUGUAGCACGAACAGCGCUUAUCUCUGACUCACGACCACCGGAGAAACCACCUGUAGCCCGAACCCAGUCUGUAUGCUACCCCCACGGGUCUGUACAUAUCGUGCGACCAAUAGGCAGCUCAGGGAAUCCGAAUAGGUCUUAUCUCCAG